UCUCUCUCCUUGUGGUUAGAAUUCAAAAUGUGGUUAUCCACUUCCCCAACUGCACUGACAGUUGCUGUUUCAGUUCCUUCCUCUCUUACUCCACAGGAUUUCAGCUGGAGAAAGUUUAAAUUGAAGAGAAAUGUGAAGAUUUCAAGAAAUUUUGAAUUUGCUAUCAGUUGUUCUGGUGAUAAAGCUGUUUCAAUUGGGUUUGAUGUGCCAUUCCCUAAGGACUACACUGAAUUACUUCAACAAGCUAAAGAAGCAACUGAAUUGGCAUUGAAGGAUAACAGACAACUGAUGGAAAUUGAAUUUCCAACUGCUGGGUUGGGUUCUGUACCAGGUGACGGUGAGGGUGGAAUAGAAAUGACUGGAAGUAUACAACUAAUACGUGAGUUCUGUGAUCUCUUGGUUAUACCAGAGAAAGCCACAAAGACCAGAAUUUUUUUCCCGGAGGCUAAUGAAGUAAAAUUCGCAAGACAAUCAAUUUUUGGAGGAGCAUCUUUUAAGUUGGACUAUUUGACAAAGCCUUCUUUUUUCGAGGAUUUCGGUUUCACCGAAAAGGUCAAGAUGGUUGACCGUGUCAAGCCAGAAGAUGAACUCUUUAUUGUCGCCUAUCCAUACUUUAAUGUCAAUGAGAUGCUUGUCGUGGAAGAGCUAUACAAAGCAGCAGUGUCAAACACUUCUAGGAAACUGAUUAUAUUCAACGGAGAGCUUGAUCGAAUAAGAUCUGGUUAUUAUCCACCAUUCUUCUAUCCGAAGCUGGCUGCACUAUCCAAGACUCUUUUUCCUAAGAUGGAGACGGUAUAUUAUAUUCACAAUUUUAAAGGACGAAAUGGAGGAGUCCUGUUUAGGUGUUACCCUGGUCCUUGGAAAGUUUUCCGAAGAGUAGGAAGUACCUACAUCUGCUUGCAUCAGCAGGAAUCAAUGCCAUCCUUGAAAGAAGUUGCUUUGGACAUCCUUCCAUCAGCUUGAUUGUUUUGUUUAUAAAUUGCAUGGUGAAAAUGUUCAGUUUGCCUUCUUUCUCCUGUAAUUGGAUAAUAAAUUGUUAAUUCGUGCAUUCUCCAGAUCUCUAAAAGUGUGAAUGUAUUGAUUUCAUUACACCUGUA